CGCUGGGAACCGACCGCGCAGCCGGAGCCGCGGGCGGCGCUGCCCCGCGCCGGCUAUGGGGUGAGAUGCCCGCGCCCGGGGGCACGCCCGGAGUCGCGCGGCCGCCGCGAUGCCGCUGGCAGGGACCCGCAGCCUGCGAGGGGAGGUGGUUUCCGCCCAGGCCGGGCUGCUGCAGCGUUUGAGCGGCCGGGACAGCGCGCCUGAGACCCGGCAGCAUCCCCGUCCCCGGGGCCGGGACGCCCGCCUCCCUGCGCUGCCGACUCUCUCCCGCGGUCGCGGCCGGCAGCUCUGGUAGCCGGCCUGCCGGUGGAGUGGUUCCUCGGGCCCCAGCGCGGGGAGACAUGCCCGAAUUCGGGAGCGCCGGGACUCCCAGCCUCGCGCUUCACCCGGGGAAGCAGGCUCGCUGAAGCCGGAGCCAGGAGGGGGACCAUGGGAGGGACGCAAGUCAAAUGCCUGACUUCACCCAGUCCUAUCCACAGCGCAAAGAGCGAGUCCAUUAUAACCCAGUCGGAGGAGAAGGCAGAUUUUGUGAUUAUUCCCUCUGAAGGGAUAGAGAACAGAACAGAGGAGACAGACUCUCCGUUUUCCCGAGACUGGCGACCAGGCAGCCCCGGGACCUGUCUGGAGACCUCAUGGGAAGAACAGCUGCUGGAACAACAAGAACAUUUAGAAAAAGAAAUGGAGGAAGCAAAGAAAAUGAUAUCAGGAUUACAGGCCUUACUGCUCAAUGGAUCCUUACCUGAAGAUGAACAGGACAGGCCCUUGGCCCUCUGUGAACCGGGAGUCAAUCCUGAGGAACAACUGAUUAUAAUCCAAAGUCGUCUGGAUCAGAGUAUGGAGGAGAAUCAGGACCUAAAGAAGGAGCUGCUGAAAUGUAAACAAGAAGCCAGAAACUUACAGGGGAUAAAGGAUGCCUUGCAGCAGAGGCUGACUCAGCAGGACACAUCUGUUCUUCAGCUCAAACAGGAACUGCUGAGGGCAAAUAUGGACAAAGACGAGCUACACAACCAGAAUGUGGAUCUGCAGAGGAAGCUCGAUGAGAGGAACCGGCUCUUGGGAGACUAUAAAAAAGAGCUGGGGCAGAAGGAGCGCCUCCUUCAGCAGCACCAGGCUAAGUUGGAAGACGCACUCCGGAAACUCUCUGAGGCCAGUUACCAGCAGGUGGAUCUAGAGCGGGAGCUAGAACACAAAGACGUCCUUUUGGCUCACUGUAUGAAAAGAGAGGCAGAUGAGGUGACCAGCUACAACAGACACAACUCUCAAAGCAAUGGUUUUUUCCUUCCAGCGGCAGGAAAAGGAGCUGCUUCCAUCACUCACAAAGGGACCAGCGAUCUGCAGCUGGUUCGUGAUGCCCUCCGAAGCCUGCGCAAUAGCUUCAGUGGCCACGAUCCUCAGCACCAUACCAUUGACAGCUUGGAACAGGGCAUCUCCAGCCUUAUGGAGCGCCUGCAUGCCAUGGAGAGCCAGAAGAAACAAGACAGAAGGGAUUUUUGUGUGGCUCCUCAGGUUCGGGGCAAGUUACCAAGAACUCAAGCAGGUAGUGAAUACCGGGAAUCCUGGCCCCCUAAUUCAAAGUUGCCUCACUCACAGAGCUCUCCGGCUGUCAGCAGCACCUGCACUAAAGUGCUCUAUUUCACUGACCGGUCACUUACACCCUUCAUGGUCAAUAUACCAAAGAGGUUGGGGGAGGUGACACUAAAGGAUUUUAAAGCAGCCAUUGACCGGGAGGGGAAUCACCGGUAUCAUUUUAAAGCGCUGGAUCCUGAGUUUGGCACUGUCAAAGAGGAGGUUUUCCACGAUGACGAUGCCAUCCCUGGUUGGGAAGGGAAAAUUGUAGCCUGGGUGGAAGAAGACCAUGGAGAGAAUUAAUGCUGAGUAUUAGACUGGGGGCUUGUGGAACUUGGCACCCCCUGGCUGUUUCACUCAGGAAAGAGGACUAAAACCAGAAUACACUAAGAAGUUUCUAGUUCGUGCUACCAAAACAGAAGCUUCUCCAAGUGUAACAGCCCCAGGCCAGUGCUGUUUCUGUGCCUGGUAUAUGUAGUACAUUUUUUAAAACCCCUGUCAACUGUAGACCAUGGGUCCAUCUGGAGUUCCUUGUCCGUGGGAACACAGUGUUUUAUUCUACUCUGAGGACAACAAACCAAAGGCCUUAACCAAUGGGAAUGGAUGAUCCCGCUCCUGUAGGGGCAUGGCUGCUAUUAUCUGGAACCUGGGAAUUGGAUGCAUCACUCCUGUGUGUUACAGUUUUAUUUUAAUUGGCCUCAAUGGUUGCAGCAAUCAGAGUCCCAGCAUUUGUACUCACAGACAAGGCAAAGGUACCAGCUUUUUUGCUUCUUUGCAGCUAUUGCAAACCAAGAAUAACUCAUGAGGCGGUACCAAAGAUGAAAACCCACUCUUCAGGAAUUUUUUGGACCGGACAUGGAUGGUGCUGAACUGUUGACUGGAUGGAAAAAGCCCAUAUUGUGCUAUACUUGCUAAAACCGCGAUUGAGGAAGACCUUUGGCUGCCUCUUGUGUCUUAACUGGUUCUGCAACUUGUCCUUUAGCCCAUGGAGGGCAUGUUUCAUGUACUGCCAGUUUUCUCUAGGGACUCUGUCACUGUAGAGCCAUGUUUUCCCCUUCCAACUGAUGAACUUUGUGUUUGAAAGGAAAAAGGAGUUUAAAGUCUCCUUAAAAAUCCAGGCGGGUAUGGAAAGGUGCUGCUACCCAUAUUUUCUUGACUUUCUUUCUCUCAUGACUUCCUGUAGCUCGUGGCAUCUCCUCUGCAGUCAAAAGGAGACAGACCAUUAAUUUUGGUAUUUGUGAUUUAUGAGUACUGAGCAUGAGUCACUGGUCUGCCCCUCCUCAUUUCAAGGCCAGAGUUAUUUUCUAUUAUAUAUUUAGUCUAGGUUGAUCCUUUAGGGCACAAUAGGAACCAUGGGGCAUGGAGCAUGAGUUGUGAAUGGCAGGGUUGAUUCUGGGUAAAAAACCUAGAAUCCUUUCUCAUGUGCAACACUGUCCAGUGUAGAAGCUAAAAGAAGAGUUAAACUUUCAGAGAUUACUGAAUAACUAGGGUUUUCUCAGUCACUUACCAAACACCAUCAACUAAUCAGCCAUAUGUAUAUAUAUGUAUGUACACACACACACACACACACACACACACACACACACACACACAUAUUCAUUCCCCAAAGCAGUCAGCCUGUGACCACUGCCAACCAGAAGAGUCAGACAUGUCAGUUCUGGGUUCUUGAUCUGUCUGUCUCUAUUUCAUCUCCCUUUUCCAACUGUUUUAACAAACUACUCACUGGAGCUCUGAAAUGACAUUUUGUUGUUUUAUAUAGAUGUGUCUUUUAAAAAUAGUUCAUGUUUGGAGAAUUCUUUUGUACUCAUUUGCCUUUUGUCUGAGAACCAUGUCUAUUUUUGUAACUUGAGUGUGAGUUCUGUAUCUUCUCACAUUCCGUAUACUGUAUCCAUUUUCUAGAGAACCCAGUAGCUUUUAUACAGGCUCUUCUCCUAGCCCUUGUGGUUUCAGAACAAGCUUUAUUUUGUUACAAGUAUGCUGAUGACAACUAACUCCUGGUUCUAAUUCUACCUGCCAUUUUCCUUGUGGAGGUAGUUUCAUGUUGUGGAGGUAGUUUUACAUAAUCUAUUUGAUUGCUCCUCUAGCAGAUGGAAGGAGCUCAUAAGAUACCUGAUAUCUUUCAGUAAGUUCGCUUGAUCUUCUCCUUUUGAAGAAUUUCUCAUCAAAAAUGACUGGGAAAGUUUGGGACAGUCAGUCAAAAGCAAGAAUAAUACAUUAUGAAGCAAACAGAAGAAAACAGUAUAUUCUGAGUGUUUUUUCCCCCAGGAAGUCUGGAGUAAAAGUCCUCAUGUCACCAAUUUCUCUGUUGCAUGAAUUUUAGUGUUUUGCUAUAAGACAGCAUGAGAGUUGUCAGGCCAAAAUCCGUUACUGUAUUUCCAGUACAAUUGAUCUUGAAUGUCUGUUUCUUUAGUUUUUACUUGUCAGUUUUCUUUGAGCAAACGUCCUUACCGUUAUGGAGAAUUUAACUUUUCAGAGAAAAUUGAAUGGAAGAAAAAUGCCAAAGUCCUUCACCUUAUUUGGCUUUUAUAGCUCUGUCCUUUGGAAGAGGAGAUGCAUGGCCUUAGUGCCUCUAUAGAAAUCUGAAGUUGAAGUCAGGGGAGAAAAGGAGAUAAUUUUUUCCCCUUUAGCUCAUGAAUCUCCUAUGCCACAGGUAAUAACGAAACACCCGGAUUACAGGAUGUCACUCCAGUAAUUCUUGUGUACAGUGUAUUGGCAAUCCUCAUUCCAGUUUCUGAAGACCAGAACCUUGUGAGGAAGUGUUGUGCUUUGGUUCCUUCUGGUUUGAAUUGAUUCCUGUUUGUUACUCUGGCUGCACUAGAAGCCUCUUGAUUUAUUCAGAGAACUGUCCCCUAGUGACAUUUUUGAGGGAUAGUCCAUCCUGACACUGCUGAAAUUCUCUUUGAAAAAACCAAGGGACUAGAAUGUCUUGAGCUUAAAUAACCUCUAAAUCCUGUUAGAUUAAAAAAAAAAAUGAUCCUCUCACAAAAACUAGUUUAGAAGAAAGCUCAGUUCCUCAAAAGUCAUCAUUUAAAAAUUGACAACUAUUCUCAGUUCCCUAAAUUAGCUAGAAUUGAAACACUAUAUAAUUUGUACCUAAAGAAUUUGAGUUAAACUCUCCUUAUUGGCAUUCUUACUUAGUACCAUUUCAGCUCCUUUUGACCAGGAUAGUUGAAAAUUAGGGAAAACACAUCAAAUCCAAGAGGACUCUAAUAAUUACUGAAAAGCAAUUAUGGCAUAAUUAUAAUUUUCAUUUUUUCCAUAAAAUAAGCAUUAUGAUUGCACACUCCUAUUGUCUGAAUUUAUGUAAGAGGUAUAGCUUGCUUAAAAUAUAUAUGUAAAAUUAUAUUUUUCUUAGAAACAUGGAUGUUUGCAAGCAUUGCUUUCAAAGAGAUUACCACCAUGCAUUCUCCCUGUUUUGUUUUCAUGAAGACUGUGUUAUACCAGAGGCUUCUGAUUAUCAAAGUGAUAACCAGUUUUUUAACUGCCUGUAUGUACCAGAUUUGUGAACUAAUUUUUAAAAAAGCAGAAAAAACCAUGAAUAAAAUGGAGUUUGCAAACUAAAUACCAUUCAUCAUUUUCACUUGUGUUUAUUGACCGAA